AUCCCAGCGGUACAACUAACGGGCCUUUAAUUGGCUCACGAACAGCUUGCAUGGCUGCGGGAGGGGCGAAGGACUAGGAGGCAGCAUAGACGCCUGCGCGAGAGGCUGCUCAGUUGUGCAUCCGCCCACUGCUACUGUGAAGAAAGCACAUUGCCAUCGCAUAUGCAUCCAUCCUGGCGCUCAUCUCUGUCCAAUCACAAGUGGCCAGCCGAAGCGCUAGCUCCUUUUGAUCGGGAAGAGCAGGGUGGACACGGACCCCCCUUGCUUUGUUUUUCCUCUUUGGUCUGCGUUGUCGGCGGCGUCUUUAUCGUGGGAUUAUUAUGCGGGGCAGAGACACCUUAACAGGAAAAAGAGUGCUUG